AUGGCAGCCUCCGAGACGGUUAGGCUACGGCUUCAAUUCGAUUAUCCGCCGCCAGCCACCCCGCACUGCACCGUCUUCUGGCUUCUGGUCGACCUUAACAGAUGCCGAGUCGUCACGGAUCUCAUCAGUCUCAUCCGCCAGCGCUUCGGGUUCAGUUCUGGGGCCCUCCUAGGUCUCUACCUGGAGGGGGGGCUCCUGCCCCCCACCGAGAGCGCGCGCCUGGUGCGCGACAACGACAACAUCAGCGUUAAGUUAGAAGAGAGUGAAAUUCCUGAGAUUUCUGAGGGAAUCCGUAAUGGUGGCAAUUGUCAUUUUUCACCUAGAAAAGCAAAGAAACGGGCUUUUAAGUUGGUGGAGGAUGAAGAAACUGAACCUGAUUAUGGGUAUUCAAAGAAGCAUUGGAAGAGGCAAGGUAACAACAGUAAUAACGAGAAGGCCUCGGAUCUCGAGUUAAAAGCUGUCACAGACCAGACUGUGAAGAAAAAAAGCAAGAGAAAAAACAAAGCAACUUGUGGCACAGUGGAUGAUGAUGACGAAGAGACCAAAAAAAAGUCACCAAAGAGAAAGGAGAAAUGUGAAUAUAAGAAACAAACCAGGAAUCCCAAGUCUCCUAAAGCACAGGCAGCAAAAGAAUGGACCCCUCAGAACUGUAGUCCUCCAAAAGGCUCUGCCAAAAACAGCCUGGCUAAAGCCAGAAGGAAAAGUGGAGUAGGCAAGGGUUCAAAAGGUAGUCCCAGGUCCUCCUCGGAGUCUGAGUCUAGUCACGAGUCAACCAGUGAUGUUCUCAGCAAUGUCACAUUGGUGGUUGGAAACUCCUUACAGAAACUCUCAUCUGAGUUAUCAAAGGAAGUACUUGCUACAAAAAAUACAGUUGCAAACAAAGUGGCUGCAAAAGCUCCCUUUACCUUCAGCACCAGCAAGGGCAAGGCCGCCAGAGCCUCUUCUUCUAGUUCAGACUCCAGUUCAGAGUCUGAUGACCAGGGCGUGGGGUCCAAGAGCAUGCCGGAGUGUGCCUCAAGCUUCUUAAAGACAGCAGGCCUCUUGACAGGGCGGGGUUGUCCAGGACCAGGGUCGUCGUCACAGACUCCAAGUGCUGCAGGAUGGAAGCCUUCUGACUUAAGUGGCAGCAAACAGUCUCCUGGUCCUCCUCCCAGUGUGUCUGUCCCCACCAACUUGGGAAGAGGAUGGGGACGAGGAGAGGACCUUCUGUCUUGGAAGGGAGCAAGGGGCCGGGGCAUGCGGGGCAGAGGUCGGGGACGAGGGCGUGCUGUUUCCUGUGUCUUAAAUAGAAGCACUGAAUAUCAGAAGCAGCAGCACUUAAUGGAGAUAGUAACAAACUCAUCUACUAUUAUCCAGAACCCAGUAGAGAUACACAAGAAGGACUAUAGUCUGUUACCCCUGUUAGCAGCUGCCCCUCAAGUCGGAGAAAAGAUUGCAUUUAAGCUUUUGGAACUCACAUCUGAUUACUCUCCUGAUGUCUCUGACUACAAGGAAGGAAAAAUAUUAAGCCACAAUCCAGAGACCCAGCAAGUAGAUAUAGAAAUUCUGUCAUCCUUACCUGCCAUGAAAGAACCUGGGAAGUUUGAUUUGGUUUAUCACAACGAAAACGGAACUGAGGUAGUAGAGUAUGCUGUGACACAAGAGAAGAGGAUCACUGUGUUUUGGAGAGAGUUGAUUGACCCAAGACUGAUUCUUGAAUCUUCCAGUAACAGCUCAGCUACAGAACCUGUCUGAGGAUGCCCCCUCCACCUCAAGUUCAUAAGUGUAUUGUUUAUAUAAGUGACUAUAGCUGAAUCUUUUUUCAAACAGGAUUUGAAAGUUGUACGAAUUUUUUG